ACUGCUGGACGGAAGUUUCUGUCGAGAGUCGAGCUGGAACGCACGGAGGAGGCGGGUGUGCGUUCCACGGCGGCCAUUUUGGAAACUUAAGCUUCCGGACCCAGGAGACACCGUGACCCCAGGCAGCCGGUACCAGCGCUAUGCUCCUCUCGGCGCUAAACUGAUUAACAUGACCCAUGAUGUUAUGGCGUGGGUUGUGUAAAGGAGGAAUCCAGCUAUGCACUCCAGGAGCUCAACGCUUGGCUGGAACUUAUACACGCUCAGAUGUGAAGGACCACUACAAGGUAUUGGGCGUUGGCAGGAAGGCCACAAGCGAGGAAAUUAAGAAUGCUUUUUUCGCCCAGUCAAAGAAGUGCCAUCCUGAUAGCGAUCCCUCGAACCCUCUUCUGCAUGCCCAGUUUGUGCGCCUUAACGAAGCGUAUAAGGUGUUGAGCAAAGAUUCCUCUCGCAGAGAUUAUGACCAGAUUUUGGAGGCAAUACAGAGAGGAUUCUGGGAUUCUUCAAACAGCACCCAAAAUACCGCCUCCAGCAGAGGCCAGAACUGGAAGCAAACUUAUAACAAAGACCAGGGAUCCUUUUACAGCUCUGCAUCAAAAGAUAGUGAACGGUACUGGUCCCAGUUUCCUCCAAGGGGAAAGUGGAAAGAGUCUGUUCACGAGCAGGAGCAGCGCAAUAGAUACCUGGUUUUAUAUUGCAUUUUCUUGGCUACCGCAAGCAUUCUUGUACACUACGAGUUUUACAGCAAGAUAAGAGAAAAUCGCCAAAAGGAAAUGAAUGAACAGCAGCAGAGACUUAUGAACUUCUACAGUGAGAGGAGAGAGAAAUCCAAGGCUAAUGGAAACCACAAACAGCAAGAGAUUCUGAUGCAGAAACAUGAAGAGCGGCUCAGAAAAUUAUAUGGCUACAGUCUUGAAGAUGAUGAAGCUAAGAAAUAAGGAGAAAUGUCUCCAGAGAUUUAUGUGACAAUUUCUAAAAGUCAAUCUAACAUUUAGUAUAAAACAAUAUAAAGUUUAUGGUGUAAAUAAAAAUCUAUAAAAAUAUAAAA